AUACCCCCUCUCCUCCCUUCCCCUCUCUCCAAUUCUCCAUCCCCCGCACCCCAACAAUGCCGCUCACCAAUUUCUCCUCCCUCCUCCUCCUCCUCCUCACCACCACCACCGUCUUCGCCAAUGCCGCCCCCACUCCCUCCGUCCAAACCCUGAACACUCACGAGCUCUUCAACCCCAAGCUCCCUCCACGCACCCUCUCCUCCAAUAAGAAAUUCGAGGGCUCCUCCAACCUCGUCGACCUCCGCUACCACAUGGGCCCCGUCCUCUCCUCCUCCCCCAUCAACAUCUACCUCAUCUGGUACGGCAAGUGGGCCGCGCCCCAGAAGCUCCUCAUCACCGACUUCAUCCACUCCAUUUCCGCCGCUCCCUCCGCCUCCCCCUCCGUCGCCGAGUGGUGGCGAACUGUCUCCCUCUACACCGACCAGACCGGCGCCAAUGUCUCACGCGCCGUCGUCGUCGCCGGACAGUACUCCGACAUGAAGUACUCCCACGGGAAUCACCUCACCCGCCUCUCAGUCCAGCAGGUCAUCGCCUCCGCCGUCCGAUCCGCCCCCUUCCCCGUCGAUCACAAGCAAGGCGUCUACCUAAUCCUCACUUCCGAGGACGUCACUGUUCAGGACUUUUGUCGAGCCGUUUGUGGGUUCCAUUACUUCACCUUCCCCUCCAUGGUGGGCUACACUCUGCCAUACGCCUGGAUCGGAAACUCCGGCAAGCAGUGCCCGGAGGUCUGCGCCUACCCGUUCGCAGUCCCGGGGUACAUGGGCGGCGGCGGGCCCGGGGCGCUGUCGCCGCCCAACAGGGACAUUGGCGUGGACGGGAUGAUCAGUGUGAUUGGGCACGAGCUCGCUGAGCUCUCGUCCAACCCGCUGGUGAAUGCGUGGUACGCCGGGGAGGACCCAACGGCGCCAACGGAGAUUGGGGACUUGUGCGAAGGGUUGUAUGGGACCGGUGGCGGCGGCGGGUACAUUGGGCAGGUGAUGAGGGAUCGGGAAGGGAGGACGUUCAAUGUGAAUGGAAGCAAAGGGAGGAAGUUUUUGUUGCAGUGGAUUUGGAGUCCUGUUUUGAAGGCCUGUGCUGGGCCUAAUGCUUUGGACUAGAUUAAAUUUGAAAGAAAAAAAAAGAUAGAAAUUUGUAUUAUUUUGUUAUAGAUAGUUGGAGGUUGAGAGAAUCUGGGUGGCGGUGGUGCUGGUGGUGGUUGGCGGUGGUGCUGGUGGUGGCAGUGGUGGGGGUGCUGGAGGAUAAAGUAAGCUCUGCUUGAGCUUAUAGUAAUUUUCUUGAUUUUUUUGUUUUGUAUUUUGGUGGGUUAGUUUAGUUAGGUUAUUUCGAAUUUUUAUACCAUAUGUUCAUAUAUGUUUAUAUCUAUUUUUCUCCCAUUUGAAUGAAAUUUGCAUUGGCAAUUUUGUUCACUCUUAA